AUGGGUUACACCACUUUAUGGAAGCGGCUAUCGCCACGUCAGCUCAAUGUCGCCAUUCAGAUUUUUUCGUUGGUCUCUAUCUUCUUCGAGGGUUAUGACCAGGGUGUCAUGGGAGGCGUCAACAGCGCACCGACCUAUGUGACAGAGGUCGGCAUUGGGAAGCCAGAUGGAACUGUCACAGACACCACUCACCAGGGAGGAAUUGUCAGCGUUUAUUACCUGGGAGCGAUCUUCGGAUGUUUUGCCGGCGGAUGGCUUGCAGAUCGCGUUGGACGGAUCAACGGUUUGCUAGCAGGAUCACUGUUCGCAUUGAUCGGUGGCGCGCUGCAGGCGGCAGCCCAAAAUUCCAAUUUCAUGCUGUGUGCCCGUGUGCUCACCGGUAUUGGGACCGGCGCUUUGACUGGGAUCACGCCGGUAUUGGUGUCGGAGACAUCUUCCGCGAAUCAUCGCGGGGGCUUUUUGGGUUAUGUCUUCAUCGCAAAUUAUCUAGGAAUCUCCGUCGCUUAUUGGAUCUCCUUCGGCCUCGCUUUUGUGAAUAAUGGAUACUCGGACGUUCGAUGGCGGUUUUUGUUGGCGUUCCAGUGCUUCCCGGCACUCAUCUUGGUGGCGUUCAUCAAGAUGUUGCCGGAUAGCCCCCGCUAUUUGGCAUCGGUGGGGCGAAAUGAGGAAACACGCGAUCUGCUGAAUCGGAUUCGUUCAGGUCGUACUUCUCAGGAGGAGAUCGAUCGGGAAUACCUGGAGAUCAUCACCACUGCUCAGGGAAGCAAACCUAGCUCACCUUUGGAGUUUGUGAAGAUUUUGGUUGGAAAGAGUGGAAAGCCCGGGUUGAAUCUGGGCCGACGAGCAUGGCUCUGUGUUUGGCUGCAGAUCAUGGCAUCCUGGACGGGUAUCACGGCCGUCACUGCCUACUCCCCCACCCUGCUCGCCCAGGCCGGAUACAGCGACAUCAAGCAAAACGGUCUGGCCGGAGGACUCAACACCAUCGGAAUUAUCGGUACCAUUAUUAGUGCUCAGAUCAUUGACCGUCUAGGUCGACGUGUGUGCUUGAUGGGUGGUGCUGGGGUGUUGUUUGCGGUUAAUCUUAUCGCGGCCGCCGUUUAUGAGGGCUCUCGCAAGCACCCCGAAAAGGCAGCUCAGUAUGCGCCUGGUGCAGUACUGAUGUUGUUUUUAUUCAAUCUGGGAUAUGCGGCCACUUGGGGAACAGUCGCCUUUUUGGUUCCCACCGAGAUCUUCCCCAGUGAUCUGCGAGCCCAGGGCAAUGGCUUCGGCAUUACUGGGUGGGCCAUUGGUGUGGGGAUGACCACUCUGGUGAACCCCAUUAUGUUCAAUGUCAUGGAGAGCCGUACAUACUUCCUCUAUGCUGGACUCAACUUGAUCUGGGUUCCUAUUGUAUAUCUAUUCUACCCCGAGACCCGAAACCGAUCCCUCGAGUCCAUCGACGCCCUUUUCUCGACCUCCAGUCCGUUCUUCUGGAAGAUGGAGCAAGCCUAUAAGGAACACGGCGAUGUCCUCGCUGAGCACGGUGUGGACAAGGACGAGGCCAUCCGCGAGGUCGAGACUUCCGCCUCCGCCAAAGUCACCAACGUUUGA